AUCCGUGAUUUCUAAUUGAAGUACUCAAUGUAAGGAUAUUCUGAUUCUUCACUCAUAUGGCAACCCUGUUAGUCAUCAGUGAUCAACAUCAGAUUCGUCAGAUCAACUGUUUGGACCAGGAGCAUGCUCCAAUAGAAGUGUUUGAAUACAUUGACCUCAAAUUUUAUUGGGUGCUCAAUAUCUGAAAAUGGACAACUACGACUGUUCCAGUACGUCGAGAGCUCAAUGUUUACUCAUGGGAAGAUUCAAUCUCAGUACCAUCUGUGGCAUUUUCUAAGUACUGCGAGACGAUGCAGGCAUAAUUGAGGGUAGUCGUUCCCCACUCGAGACUGGAAUCCACUUGUAUACUCUUACUAACACCCACCGUGGCAUUUUAAUCAGGCUAUAGCUCAUUGCCAAACAUCCUUGUCCUACCAUGGUAUUUCAACACUUCAAUGCCCACAUUCACUCAAGAUGGGAAUGGGUCGGGUCGGCCCGCUGGGUCACUGACCCGGCCUGAAAUCUUGGGGCCAAUGGGCCAGGUGGGUUGGCCUCGAAACAUAAAACGGGUUAGCGGAGCCGGCACCGCAUGACCCGAUGGACCGGACGGGUCGACCCAGCCGUCUGAUUGCGCUGCCCUAGUCCAUCUCUGCCGCCGCCCCUCACGAUCUCUGCAGGCCGCUCCCGACGAUUUCUGCCGUCGCCGGCCAUCUCUGCCGCCCUCGGCCUCCCCCGACCUUCUCUACCGGCCGCCCCCGACCUUCUCUGUCGAUCUGCCGUCGCCGCCGGCUGCCCUUGAACAUCUCUGCUGGGCCUGCUGCCACCGACAUUCCUCCCGCCUCUCGUUCGUCGUUUUGGUCGCCGUCGAGCUCGCUGACCUGCGGUCCCGUCCACCGUCUACCUCGCCAUUCCGGUCGCCGUCCUCAACGUCAUCAUCUCGCAGAAAAAUGGAAGAGGAACAAGGGGACCAUGAGGCAUACCAAAGUGGUGGUUCAUCGUUGAUACCGGUGCGACAAUGAGAGGGCUCAACCACCCCGAGGGGUGUCUCCUUCUUCGAUAAACAUUUGUAGAGCUUAUCAUGGACGUUCACAAGACACUCGUAUGGUUGAUUUUGAAGAAGAUGAGGUUGAUGAAGAAGAUGUUGACUAUGAAGAAGAAGAGGAAGGAGAAGAAAAUGAGGAUGAUGAAGAAGAAGAUGAUGAUGAAGAAGAAGAACAAGAGGGAGAUAAUGUGGAUGAAGAGGGAGAGGUUGAGAUCAUUGACAUGGGAAAAUUUUUUGAACCGGGAAGAAAGUUUUUGUCUAAAGUGUGGAAAGAAUAUGAGCCAAUCCGUGUUGAUGACAUAGUUGUAGCUGUUGAGUGCAAACACUGUGCAAGGAAUAUUUGUGCUGAGCGUAAACAUGGAACAAGUUCAUUGCGCAAACAUUUGAAGAGAUGCAGGGAAAGGAAGAAGGUUCUUAGAGUUUCUGGACAACUGAGUGCUUCUAUCGUGAGUCCCGAUGGAGUUGCAAUGGGGCUUUGGACCUUUAAUCAGGCAUUAGCACGCCGAGAGCUGAUGAGGAUGAUAGUGUUGCAUGAAUUGGCAUUCUCAUUGGUGGAGUAUGAUGGAUUUAGAAGAUUUGUCUCUAGUCUAAAUCCCAGCUUCAAGAUGAUAUGUAGAAAAACAGUGAAGGAGGACUGCAUGAAAGCAUUCAAGGAAGAGAAGAGAAUUCUGCAAAGGAUGUUCCAAAACUCCAAAUCCAAGAUUUCUUUGACCACAGACCUGUGGACAUCAAAUCAGACAGUGGGGUACAUUUGCAUCACAACUCACUUCAUUGAUGAGGAGUGGAAGCAGCAGAAGAGGAUAGUUAAAUUUGCCGCUAUGGAGACGCCGCACACAGGAGCUGCAAUGUUCAACAUCAUGGUGAAUUUCAUAAGAGAGUGGAACAUUGAAGAUAAUCUCUUUGCUGUGACGCUAGACAAUGCAUCGAAUAAUGGUGCAAUGAUGAAGCUAUUGAAGGCACAUCUCCUGCUUAAGAAGAUGUUACCUGGUGGUGGCAAGUUGUUUCACCAACGUUGUGCCGCCCAUGUCAUAAAUCUGAUAUGUCAAGCAGGAUUGAACUUCCUUGGUACAGUGAUCAACAUGAUAUGUGAAACUGUGAAAUACAUUCGAAGCUCACCAAGUCGAAAGGAAAAACUUCAAGAAAUCGUUGAGCAACAUGGUGUAUCAUGUGGGAGAACUCCAAGUCUUGAUGUUCCAACUCGCUGGAACUCAACCUACAUGAUGAUUGAUAUAGCAAAAGAGUAUCGCGGAGUGUUUGACUCUUUGGCCAUUCAAGAUAAACAAUAUACCUUCAAGCCAUCUUUUGAGGAUUGGGAAAAUGCCGAAUAUGUUUGCAGGCUACUAAAGGUAUUUUAUGAAGCCACUAAUGUGAUAUCUGUUUGAAAUAUGCCCUAGAGGCAAUAAUAAAUUAGUUAUUAUUAUAUUUCCUUGUUCAUGAUAAUCGUUUAUUAUCCAUGCUAGAAUUGUAUUGAUAGGAAACUCAGAUACAUGUGUGGAUACAUAGACAACACCAUGUCCCUAGUAAGCCUCUAGUUGACUAGCUCGUUGAUCAAUA